GUUGUCACACACUCUAGAGGUUCAUAUAUAACAUUCAUCUUCACGUUUCUCAACUUUACCUAGGGUUUUUUGUGAGCAGCUGCAUCUUCAAUUUUCAACACCUCCAACCUUCUUCAAAUCUCGAUUCAAUAUGGUUUUGCCAAAUGAUGUUGAUCUGCUUAACCCACCAGCUGAGUUGGAGAAGAGGAAGCAUAAGCUCAAGCGUCUUGUGCAGUCUCCAAACUCUUUCUUCAUGGACGUUAAGUGCCAAGGUUGCUUCAAUAUAACAACUGUAUUUAGCCACUCGCAAACUGUGGUGGUGUGCGGAAACUGUCAAACAGUGUUGUGCCAGCCGACAGGUGGACGUGCAAGGCUUACUGAAGGGUGCUCCUUCCGGAGGAAGGGAGAUUGAUGAAAGUAGUUGUUUUGAACUUCAAUAUGGUAUCUUGCCUAAUCAGAAAUGAACUAUAAGUUGAGUAUUUUAUGUUAGGUUUUUAUCCUGCCUUUUGGUGAGAACACAAAAUGUUAGUUUGGUAACUUUUGUUAUGUUCUUGUAAAGACUAAAGUUUUGGAUCUUUGAUAUCAUAUCUAUGGAUUAAUGAUUUGUUUCUAA